GAGACCUGUCUUCAAUGGAGCGGGUUUUAGAAUCAUGUUUGCUGACUACUAAUGCUAGCUCAAACCAGCCUCCAGCUAGUAAAAGAAUUGAAGCGUUCUCAACAAAGCAAAUUACCAGCAUAUAAUGAAGAUAAGAUUCGAGUAUGUUUGGAAGAAAUGAGAGUAUUAUAUGAUGCCAAUCAUCGUGAUGUAGCCCUUGUGUCUAACUCCUCAUCUGGCCUGUCAUCAUCAUAUGAAACAGACGACCAUAGCAAUAAAAUCCAAUCUGUUUUAGUCAGGCAUUCUAUCCUGGAACGUAAUAAACGUUGUCUUCUCGCUUAUCACCAUGCUAGAUUAAUGCGGAUCAAGGAACUACGGUGGGAAUAUGGUACUGUCUUACCUAAAGAUAUCCGUGAUGGUUUAUCGGAAGCGGAACAAGCAUGGUUUAAACACUAUUGUGGUUGUUUAGCUAAUUUCAUGCAAGCUGAUGGAUCAGAACGUGGAGGUGGUGGAAUGUUAGAUUUAACACAAUAUCGUACACCUCCAAAAUCAUUAUUCUUAGAAGUUCGUUGUCUUCAAGAUUUUGGUGAAUUCGAAACAGAAGAUGGCAGUAUUCUGCAUUUAACAAAAGGAAGCCAUCACUUAAUGUAUCGAACUGAUUGUGAAGCUUUAAUUCAUCAAGGUAUUCUCGAACAUAUAACAGAGUGAAGCGUAAUUGUUGUUGAAAUUACUUUCAAUUUUUCGAAAGAAAAUUAUACUGUAAAUAUGUAGGCUUAUCAUGUUAUUUUCACAGUUGGCACCUAAAAAUGCAUUAAACAAAA